AUGGCCUCCACGAAGGCUCCUAGUUCUCUACCCAUCAGAGAUGUGUCCAGUUCAGGCGUGGGCUUGCCUCAGCCGCCAUCAACGCCCACCUCCCUGAGGAACCAGAAUCCGCUAUCUUCAAAAGUUACAACAGUACUCUCAACAUCAUACGCUGAUUCUGAGUUUCGAGAUGCCUUACAACUUCUCGACGGUAGAGGUCUAAAGAACACUCCCGAGACACGUCGACAAUUGCGCCUGGAUCUCCAAAAGGAGGUGAUUGACAGCAAUGGCGAGAUCGUGUCUCAAUUUGGUCGGGUUGCAGAUCAACUUCGCCGCAUUGGGGCCACACUGGACAAGCUGAAUAGCAACUAUCAAGACGUCAGGAGUCGCAUCACCGCGGCUCACCAAGACACGGGCCCAAUCUUGGAGGAGGCAUCGUCGUUGAUAAAGCAGCGUGCUGAAGUUGAUUCUAAGCAGCACCUGCUAAAGGCGUUGCGUAGUCACUUCAUCUUCUCUGAUGAUGAGGUCGCGUCUCUGACCUCAACGGCCGAACCCAUCGAUGAUGGUUUCUUUAUCGCCCUAGCCAAGGCAAAACGCAUCAGCAAGGACUGCGAGAUUCUUCUGGGGUUUGAAAACCAAACCCUCGGCCUGGAAAUCAUGGAACAGACAUCAAAGAAUCUCAAUCUCGCGUUCCAGAAGCUGUACAAAUGGGUCCAGCGUGAAUUCAAAACACUCAACCUGGAGAAUCCUCAGAUGAACUCGUCCAUCCGCCGCGCGAUACGUGUUCUGGCAGAGCGUCCGUCGCUCUUCCAAAACUGCCUGGACUUCUUUGCCGAGGCAAGGGAGCGCAUUCUCUCCGAUGCAUUCAACCUGGCUCUGACGGGCACAACGGCUUCAGGUACAGAGGAUCACUCUGUUAAACCCAUCGAAAUGGCGGCCCACGAUCCACUUCGCUACGUUGGAGACAUGCUUGCUUGGAUACACUCAGCGACCGUCAGUGAGCGAGAAGCCCUCGAGAUUCUCUUUGUUUCCGAAGGAGACGAAAUCGCCAAAGGUCUUCAGUCCGGUCGCGCCAACGAGUUAUGGCAACUUCUCGACGAGGGUGAGGGGGAGGCAGCUGGCGACUUUGAUGCGCUGAAGGCACUCAACGAUUUGGUUGACCGAGACGUAUCUGGAGCAACCAGGAUUUUGCGACAGAGAGUCGAGCAGGUCAUUCAAUCUAACGAAGAGACCAUCUUAGCCUACAAGCUCGCCAACAUAUUGGGCUUCUACCGAUUUACUUUUGCCAAGCUGCUGGGCAGCCAAUGCGGACUGUUAGAUCUCAUGUCUGGCCUUGAAGCAGGAGCUUUGAGGCAGUUCCGGUCUCUGAUGAGAGAUCACAUCGCCACGCUGCAGGGCGAGUUCCAGCAGACACCCUCUGACCUUGGGCCGCCAGACUUCUUGCUCGACGCGCUGAAGCAGCUGACGGCUGUGAUGAAGACAUACGAGAUCUCGCUAGCGACGUCUUCGGACCGCGAGACUGACUUCCAGCCAAUCCUCACGGAAGCUUUUGAGCCUUUCCUCUCCGGUUGUGAGAAUAUGGCCAAGGGCGUUGGGUCUCCGGCAGACGCCAUUUUCCUGACAAAUUGCCUGCUCGCAGCCAAACAUACGCUGGAGCAUUUUGAUUUCACCCAGAGAAGGGCCAAGCAACUGCAAGAGAGAAUAGCAGAAGAAUGCGGAAAACUCACGGAGCGACAAUACGAGUUUUUCCGUCGGGGCUCAGGACUGACACAAAUGCUUGACACCGUGGGCAAGCUGACCACAGAGCCCACUGAUGUUGAGAAGGUGUUGUCACUAGAGGCCUUGCAACCACAAGCUCUGAGCCGAGCCAGCCAGACUCUCGACGACUUCCUGCCAUCGGCACUCAUGGAUGCUAUGGAGAAUAUCAAGCACAUCCAAGACUCGACUCUUGCACGAGAGCUCACGGAGAAGGCGGCAACAAGGUUUUGUGACGAGUUCGAACAUGUCGAGCAAAUGAUGCUUUUGGCAGACAGCACACUGGGCCGGGAGCGGGAUUCCGAUGAUGAAGUUGCUGAGCCUCAACCACUCCGUACAUUAUUCCCAAGGACGAUAGGGGAGAUUCGGGUUCUUCUUUCGUAG